ACACAACCCAGACCAACUCUGGCUUGGGAAUCUCAUUCCGGGCUUUCGUUUUAAGCUUAUCAUACAGCCUGCCAUUGUGAAUUUGUUCUCAAUGAGAGUUCGAUUUUCACACGUUUAAUCCAUCACAGAUUCCUCACACCAGGCCGCGGCGCCGAUAACUACAACCCCAGUGUACCGACCACUCGAUAACACCCACACCAUGGAGGCAACACGCGGCCCCCCGAGGGUCAAGAACAAGGCCGCAGCACCGAUCCAGAUCUCCGCGGAGCAGCUGCUCCGGGAGGCCGUGGACCGGCAAGAGCCCGCGCUGGAGGCGCCGACACAGCGAUUUGCGGACCUGGAAGAACUGCACGAGUACCAGGGGCGGAAGAGAAAGGACUUCGAGGACUAUGUGCGGCGCAAUCGGAUCAACCUGAACAACUGGAUGCGCUACGCGGCGUGGGAACUGGAGCAGAAGGAAUUCCGCCGCGCCCGCUCCAUCUUCGAGCGCGCGCUGGACGUCAACCCGACGUCGGUGAUUUUAUGGAUUCGGUAUAUCGAGUCGGAGAUGCGAAACCGUAAUAUCAACCAUGCGAGGAAUUUGCUCGACCGUGCGGUGACGAUUUUGCCGAGAGUUGAUAAGCUCUGGUAUAAGUAUGUUUACAUGGAGGAGACGCUGGGGAAUAUUCCCGGGACACGCCAGGUGUUUGAGCGGUGGAUGUCGUGGGAGCCGGAUGAGGGCGCCUGGAGCGCGUACAUCAAGCUUGAGAAGCGGUACAGCGAGUUCGAGCGCGCGCGGAGCAUCUUCCAGCGGUUUACGAUUGUCCAUCCCGAGCCGAGGAACUGGAUCAAAUGGGCCCGAUUUGAGGAGGAGAACGGGACGAGUGACUUGGUCCGGGAGGUGUACGGCGCGGCGAUCGAGACGCUGGGAGAGGACUUUAUGGAUGAGAAGCUUUUUAUCUCGUACGCCAAGUUCGAGGCCAAGCUGAAGGAGUAUGAGCGUGCGCGCGCGAUCUACAAAUACGCCCUGGACCGACUCCCGCGGUCCAAGGCCAUCACACUGCACAAGGCGUACACGACGUUCGAGAAGCAGUUCGGCGACCGGGAAGGCGUGGAGGACGUCAUUCUCAACAAGCGCCGCGUGCAGUACGAGGAGCAGCUCAAGGAGAGCCCGCGGAACUACGACAUCUGGUUCGACUUUGCCCGGUUAGAGGAGACGUCGGGUGACCCCGAGAAAGUCCGGGAGGUCUACGAGCGCGCGAUCGCGCAGGUUCCGCCGUCGCAGGAGAAACGCCACUGGCGACGGUACAUCUACCUCUGGGUGUUCUACGCCAUCUGGGAAGAGCUGGAAGCCAAGGACAGCGACCGGGCACGCCAGAUCUACAACGAGUGCCUGAAGCUCAUCCCGCACAAGAAGUUCACGUUCGCCAAGAUCUGGCUGCUGAAGGCGCAGUUCGAGAUCCGGCAGAUGGAGCUGGCGGCGGCGCGGAAGACGCUAGGCCAGGCGAUCGGGAUGUGUCCCAAGGACAAGCUGUUCCGGGGCUACAUCGAGCUGGAGCGGCAGCUGUUUGAGUUCCUGCGGUGCCGGACGCUGUACGAGAAGCAGAUCGAGUGGAACGCGUCUAACAGCCAGUCGUGGAUCCAGUACGCGGAGCUGGAGCGGGGGCUGGAUGAUACUGACCGGGCCCGCGGGAUCUUCGAGCUGGCGAUCGAGCAGCCGAGUCUGGAUAUGCCGGAGCUGGUGUGGAAGGCUUACAUUGACUUUGAGGAGUACGAAGGGGAGUACGACCAGGUGCGAUCGCUCUACGAGCGUCUGCUGCAGAAGACGGACCACGUCAAGGUGUGGAUCAACUACGCGCGGUUCGAGAUCAACGUGCCGGACGAGGAGGAAGAGGAAGAAGAGGAGGAGGAAGAGCGGCCGGUCAGCGAAGACGCCAAGCGUCGUGCGCGGAGCGUGUUCGAGCGGGCGCACCGGGUAUUCAAGGAGAAGGAGCUCAAGGAAGAGCGCGUCGAACUGCUCAACGCAUGGCGGUCGUUCGAGCACGCGCACGGAUCGCCGGAGGAGAUCGAACAGAUCGAGAAGCAGAUGCCGCGUCGGGUCAAGAAGCGUCGCAAGCUGGACGACGACCGGUACGAGGAGUACAUGGACUAUGUCUUCCCAGCGGACGACAAGUCGGCGGCCAAUCUGUCGAAGUUGUUGCAGACGGCGCACAAGUGGAAGCAGCAGCAGUAGAUACAUCUAUUUUUCUUGUCAUGAAUAUAAUAGUCUAUCGUAU